CAUCUCCUCCAGCGGGCGGGCGGCGAGGGCUCGUCCUCCAGCUCCGAGCUCGCGUUUUCGAGGCUCCGGGCGGUGCUCCGUGGGCCUGCUGCCCCGGGGGCUCACAGGAGGGGCUCUCCACACAGGGGGCCUCCGGGAAUCGAGGGACAGCUGCAGGUGGGGGGUGCAAGGUGAGCUGGAUGUGGAGCUCUGAGACAGCUCUGGACCCACCAGGCCUGGAGAUGGGAAACUGCUCCUGGGAGGCUCCUUCAACCAGCAGGAACAAGGUGUGCCCUGACAUGGGCGGGGCCUUGGAAAUGCACAGCCGCGGCUUCCUGACCAUCGAGCAGAUCACCACGCUGCCGCCACCGGCCAUCAUGAACUACGUCUUCCUGCUCCUCUGCCUGUGCGGCCUGGUGGGCAACGGGCUGGUCCUCUGGUUCUUCGGCUUCUCCAUCAAGCGCACCCCCUUCUCCGUCUACUUCCUGCACCUGGCCGGCGCCGACGUGGGCUACCUCUGCAGCAAGGCCGUGCUCUCCAUCCUGAACACGGGGGGCUUCCUGGGCGCCUUCGCCGUCUACCUGCGCGCCGUGUGCAGGACCGUGGGGCUCUGCACCUUCGUCGCCAGCGUGAGCCUCCUGCCGGCCGUCAGCACAGAGCGCUGUCUGUCGGUCGUCUUUCCCUCUUGGUACUGGCGACGGCGGCCCAAGCGCCUGUCGGCCGUGGUGUGCACCCUGCUCUGGGCCCUCGCGCUGCUGGUCACUGGCGUGCACACCUACUUCUGCGUGUUCCUGGAUCGAGAGGCCCCCGGGGCGGCCUGCACACCCAUGGACAUCUCCCUGGGCGCCCUCCUCUUUCUCGUCUGCUGCCCGCUCAUGGUGCUGCCCUGCCUGGUGCUCGUUCUGCAGGUGGAGUGCCGGGCCCGGCGGCGCCAGCGGUCCGCCAAGCUCAACCACGUCAUCCUGGCCAUGGUCUCCGUGUUCCUCGUGUCCUCCAUCUACCUGGGGAUCGACUGGUUCCUCUUCUGGGUCUUCCAGAUCCCCGCGCCCUUCCCCGAGUAUGUCACUGACCUGUGCAUCUGCAUCAACAGCGGCGCCAAGCCUGUCAUCUACUUCCUGGCCGGGAGGGACAAGUCGCAGAGGCUCUGGGAGCCCCUCAGAGUGGUCUUCCAGCGGGCCCUGCGGGACGGGGCCGAGCUGGGGGAGGCGGGGGGCGGCACGCCCAACACGGUCGCCAUGGAGAUGCAGUGUCCCUCUGGGAACGCCUCCUGAGAGGCCAGCGCCGGAGGGGAGGCAGGGCCAGGGGGAGACCGGCGGCCCCCAAGCCCCUUUGCGGCCGGACAGGAGCAGGACAGCCACCCCGGACCAGCCGGGAAGAGAGAGGCUGUCUCUGCCCCAUGGAGCCUCCAGGGGCGGCCGAAAGACUGACAGGCCCUUCGAGCAGACCCUGGGGCCCUGCCCGGCUCCCCAGCCACUGUCCUCCUUCGGUGACCACGGUACAGACGUUACCCCCAAGUGGAGAGGGGCUCCUCCCUGGCCCAGGCCAGUCAGUAAAGGAGAGGAGCUGGGGCCCCCAGCCCCAUCCACCUGCUCCCCCUUUAGACGGCCCUCCUUGAAAAUGGUACAGCGGGCACCCCCUAUUCAGCAGUGUCUGAGCAAAGCCAGCCCAACGGUGCUUUCAGAAGAGGGCCAUGUCAGCCCGCCUUGCAGCCAUGUCUUUCCAGAAGCAACCUCCCUGCCCCUCUCCGUGAUCCUCGGUGACUUUAAUGGGGGGACUUCUGGUCCCAACAAGCAGCAGGAGACAGGAGAGAGCUUCAGCCACCAGGGUAGGUAGCUCCCUUUUCUGACUCCACGCGGGCCGGAGAAGUCCACCUGCAUCCGGCAUCUGCCUGGUCCCUGGGGCUCCAUGGACCUUCCAGGCAACUCCCCGUGAGCCUCUGGGCUCCACCCUGGCCACCGUCGGGGGCUGGCACCGAGGCACCCACCACAAGCACAGCCAAAGGACUUUUUAUUAAAGAAAUAGGAUGUAUAUCAAUAAACAUUUUAUACUUGCA